UUCCCAUUUGUCUUUCGCUUCAGACAUCGAUAAUAAAUUAAUUCUCAUGUUAUAGCCAUGUAAAAUUCUCAUUUGAAUUUUAUAAGUAUUGUCUAUGAAAGUAAUAUCUGUGGCAAUUUCUGGGCGUUGGCGAGAACCCAAAAUUGUUGAACUCCAGGCGGUGAUUCCUCUGAAGCGGUUUUAGUUUGUAAUCGUAAGCCUCUCUUCUAUUAAGAAACUCAGGAAACUUGCAGCCGAGGUUAGUAUUAGAGCUUUUCUUUUUGAGGUUGAAUCCUCUCUGUUCGUAAGCAAUGUCAAUAUCUCAUUGUUUAGGCUCAUCAUUAAGGAUAUCAUUUGGGGCACCCGUCAAGUAUGCUCUGCCUUCAAUAUCCCCCAAUUAUAAGAAGAAUCUGUGUUUUAGAAAACCCAUUUACAGAAAACUAUUAGUUUCUGCAAAUUCCCCUGCCCUCAUGACUACAUGCGUUCGAGCUGUCGAAAAGAUUCCCCCAAAGCUUCAUGACAUCGUAAAAUUGUUUGAGGGGGUCUCUGAACCUCGUUCAAAGUAUGAACAACUGAUGCACUAUGGGAAAAAAUUAAAACCCCUGGCGAAAGAAUUCCAGACCAAGGAAAACAAAGUUGAAGGGUGUGUUUCCCAGGUGUGGGUCAGGGCAUUCCUGGAUGAUAACAAAGUUUAUUUUGAGGCAGAUUCGGACUCUGUUUUGACAAAGGGUCUGGCUGCCCUUUUAGUAGAGGGGCUUUCUGGGUCUUCUCCUGCUCAAAUUCUUGGCGUUACCCCUGAUUUUGUACAUAGGUUGGGUCUUAAACAGAGCUUGACACCUUCUCGCAACAAUGGGUUUUUGAAUAUGCUUAAAUUAAUGCAGAGGAAGACACUUCAGGUUUACUUGGAGGCUGAAAAGGCAGGGAGUUCAAAGGAUGUUAACUCCAAUGACCUGGAUGUCAAUGGAGUUAAUGUUGUUAAUGAGGUAAAAGAAGAGGCUCCUGUUGGAAUUGAGGAAAAAGAGAUUGAUUCCGUUGGGUCAGCUGUAACUUCUAGACUGGACAGAAUUAGGCAGAGAUUAGAAACAGAAUUGGAGCCCAUGGUGUUGGAGAUAGAGGAUGUUUCACAUCAACAUGCAGGUCAUGCAGCAAUGCAGGAUCAGGCCAAGGAGACUCAUUUCAAUGUCAAAAUUGUUUCGGCCAAAUUUGAAGGACUUAGUCUUGUGAAACGUCAUAGACUUGUAUAUGAACUCUUGAAUGCAGAGCUGCAAAGUGGGUUGCAUGCCCUGUCUAUUACAGUAAAAACACCACUCGAAAUGGAAAGUAUGUAACCUUUGUGUGAAUAGAGGAGGCUUCCUUGUGGUCUUUACGAAAAUGAAGAAGUGAUUCUAAGGAAACAUGCCAGUUUUUAUAGUUCUAUAUUUUUGGCUCUUUCAUUGCCUCCUGACAGACAGCUUUUCAUUUAUACGGAGUACGUCCAAUUAUUGUUUAGCACUUCUUCCGGUUCCUCAAAAUGGCUAUGGAUUUGUAAGCAAAAAGAUCAUUUGUAAUCUUCUGAAAGAGUUUCACUGUAUUGUGGAAUGGAGCUUCAGAAAUUUUGAGGAAAAUAGUCAAUGUGAGCCAAUCCUUAUAGAAAUGCCAAAACCCUCACUCUCAUUUGCUGGUACUGUACCUGUUA